ACUUCAAAAAUUAUUGCUUCUAAAGGAAGGAAACAAGUAGGUGCUGUGACUUCAGCAGAGCGUGGUGAAACUAUUACGGUUGAGAUAUGUAUGAGUGCAGCAGGUUCUUUUAUGCCACCACUUUUUGUUUUUCCUAGACAACGGCAUAACGUGGAAUUUAUGCGAAAUGCUCCACCUGGAUCAUUUGCUGAGUUUCAUAAAUCUGGAUGGAUGCAGAAAGAAAUCUUUGAACGCUGGUUAGAAAAGUUUAUAAUUUUUACUAAUGCUUCUAAAGAUAGACCAGUUUUACUCAUACUAGAUGGACAUUCAACCAAAAUUAUUGAAUUGAUUACAAUGGCUCGUGACAAUGGAGUUAUACUUUUAUAUUUCCCACCUCAUUGCACUCAUAAACUACUACCACUAGAUGUAGGCUUUAUGAAACCUUUAAGUACAUAUUAUGACCAAGAAAAUACUAAUUGGCUUGGCACAAAUGUAGGUAAUGUCAUAACAGUCAAACAAGUUGCAGACAUUUUUGGAUUAGCUUAUAUUAAAGCUACUUCUAUAUCAACUGCUAUCAAUAUAUUUAAAAAAACAGGAAUAUGGCCAUUAAAUCCUGAUGUUUUCACCGAUGCAGAUUUUAUGGCUGCUGAAACGACAAAUGUUGAUGAACAAAUGUUUAAUAAUAUAGAAAAUAAUUCUUUAAGAAUUAAUCAGAACGAUGCAAUGGAUAACCUGCAAAUAGAAAAUAUUGAAAUAGAACUGUUAGAAGAUAUCCAAAUAGAAAUGUUAGAUGAUAUUCAAUUUGAAUCUUAUGCAAAUCCAGUAAUCAUAUCAACGCCAAAAACAAAUACGCCGGUUCCAUCAACUAGUUUUGAAAAAUUAUCUCCUAAAGAUAUAAUGCCUGUGCCUCAAGAAUCUAUUGAAAGUAAGCAAAGAAAAAGAAAAAAUAUUCGUCGUGGUAAAACUGUAAUUUUUACAAGUUCUCCAUACAAAAACGAUUUGCAAAAUCAAAAAGACGAAGCAAAACAAAAAUUGAUACUGAAAAUAAAUCUAAGAGAAGAAAGACUGAAAAAAAAGUCAUCUGAUGAAAAUGAUGCUGAAUGCUUGUAUUGUGGAGAAACAUACUCAACGUCGAUAGAAGGCUGGGUACAGUGUAGGGUAUGUGAAAAAUGGGCACAUUGCUCAUGUGCAGGUGAAGAUGAUAGUGAAAAAGAAUUACAGCAUAUUUGUGAUAUUUGUAAACCUGAUCCAUAG